ACCUUCCCUUUAAUUAAUUUCAGAAACCGCCCUAUUUUCUGAUACAUAUUGUAAGGCACAUUAAUUUAGCUAAUUUUUAGUAGCAUUAUUUCAUGGUCACUCUAUUUUAGGGAACGCCUUUGUUAAUUGGCCUCGAAGUGAAGGAUUUCUUCAAUGCCUAUCUACGAUUGCCCCCGAUAUUUUUUGCUAGAGGUGGAAAAUGGGCGGGUUGGGUUUGGAUGGGUUAUGAGUGGACAUGGGUGGGUAAUUGAGUUUGGGUUGAAUCACCACCUCUACUUAUUACAUUAUUCCCGGAAUGACUACAGACUACCUAAAGAAAAUAUGAAUAGUCGAGGACUCAAGGCCGAUUGGUGCUUCCUAGCUAGUUUAUGCCUAUGAUAUAAGUAGGCAAUGCACAUUGUGGUGUAGGUGCCUGUACUGCUAUGGGUGAGUCUUUGUUCAUUUUGUUUGUAUGGACAAUGAAAUUGUUUAAUAGUUGUCUUGGUAUCAACAGAAGGCAAUGUCGUUGCCGGUCGAUAUUCGUGCGUGCUUGAUUCCAGGCUUGGUGCCUCGUGUAGAAUUGCUCUUGUAUCGUCCUUGGCACUGGGCUCAGAAUAGCAAUCCCUGUCCUAUGCCCCUGGACCUUACCUUUGAAAGCCUGCCAUUGAGCUUCCCUUUCAUCUGCUCCGAUAUGUUAAUUCAUUAAGAUUUUGGUUCUGCGUAGCGCACUUUUUUCGGGCGACGGAAAGCAGACCUUGCCCCAAACAUGAGACCUUUUGAGUGGUCUUUUUCUGAGGGAUUUUAAUAUCAUAUUUAAUUUCGAUAAAGGGAAAAAACAGCAUGUCUGUUUACAGGAAGUUUCCGGAACCAUAGAGUUAGCCCUUGAAUGCUUUAGUUUUGCGCGUUUGUCAGACUGUGUGAUAGAGCCUGGACAUUGGUAGUUGACCAUUUGCUUGCGAAUCUGAAUAAUGAUCUGCAUAACUCCUCAGAAUGUCAUUUUUAUUGACUGUGAGUAAGUUUUGAAUGCAUUGGCUUUCUCUUUGUUGUCAUGGGCAUGCCAGCAGAUUUUUCAUUGGAUUGUGAAGUAGCUCCUGUAUUAUUCAAUCAUGUGACAUGCAUGCCAAUUAAGGGUGGCUGUUCUGCAUUGUAUACGUCUUGGGUUUUGAUCUAGAAUUCAUAUUUUCUUUCGUUCAAGGGAAAUAUGUGUUUUUCCUGCGUUAAGCGGAGGAUGAGGGAGAGAACGAUGCGGAGUUCUACACUGGUUGAUCAAGAUAUGCAAAAAUAGUUUUAUGAUGGUUAAUGUGUUGGAGUUAGACCCUUGAUCUUUUUUUUUUGAACGGUGGAGUUAGACCCUUGAUCGAUACUCGUAAACAAAAACCAUCUUUAUAGCUGAUUGUUGACACUUCUUGGGCUACGAGUAAUGGCAUAAGACUUUGUAGGGUUCAGGACGGAAGUUCGGGCUGUGGGUAUUUCAUCAUCAAUCUGUCCAACAAUAUCUGCUGUCUCAAAGCAAGAAUGUGCUGUCUGAUAAACGUUUUCAGAAUUUCAAAUGUGAGUUAUAUGUAAUGUGUGAGAUUUUAUCCCACAUCGCUCACCUAAGCCACCCAAGUUUGGUUAAUAUAUUCUAGAGGUUAUUCCACCUAUAGGCAAUUGAUUUUAGGUUGAAACCCUCCAAGAAAUCUACCAUGGUAUCAGAGCUAGGUCUUGGGUAGCCUCAUGUGGUCGAGUCUCUAUCUCCUGAGUCAAAUCUCUUGGUAGCCUCAAUUCGUACCUCCACGUGCAUUCGGGUUGCAUGUGAGGGGGAGUGUUAGACUUUAUCCCACAUCGCUCACAUAAACCACCCAAGCUUGGUUAAUAUAUUCUAGAGGUUACUUGACCUAUAGCCAAUUGAUUUUAUGUUAGAACCCUCCAAGUGUAUCUCGCAGUCACUCCCACCUUGCUUUAAUCGUCUGCCUAUUAUGUUUGAUGAGAGGUUCUAAGCAUGUUAUCUUUUUUCCAUUCGUGAUCAUACGAUUACACCAAUUACUUUGUGGCUCUUGAUCAUACGAUUACACCAAUUACUUUGUGGCUCUUGUGCUUUGGUUGAGUAUAUAUGUAGGUUCAGAAAGGAAUUUCUGAGUGCAUAGUAAUUUAUAAUGAUGAUUGCAAUUGCUUUUGAGUUCGGAUGCUCUCAAAAGUAGCAUUUCUUUGCUUCUGAUGAAGUGGCAUUAGUUUCAUGCUCAGCACAACAGAGUGUUGCUUGUGCACCCCAAUUACAAACAAAUGAAUUCAAACGAGAUGCAACGCCACCCCCACAAACUCCUCCUUCCCCCCCCCCCCCCCCCGCCCCCCCCUCUCUCAGCAUUAAUUGCAUGUUCUUUGUUCCAUUUACCUCUACGUGGAUGUGUAUAAGAAAAGAUGGUUUACUGAUUUUAUCUCUUGUCCCUGUUGAUGCGGCUUAAACCCUUAAAUCUAAUGUACUUUCUUAUAAAUGCGUCCCAACUUUUUCUUGAAGUUAAACAUGGUGCAAAAGCGUCCUUUCAAUGACGAGGAAUCAUAUGAGGGUUCUUCUAAGCACCAUAGACAAUUGGAUUACACUAACCAGCUUUCCUACCUGCAAUUUGUUCAUGCUGAAGAUAAGGCACAGCCACCUAACACUUCAGGCGAAGUUGUGGUCAGUUUCAAAGAAGGUGAUGAGAAGCGUGAAAUCACUAGUGAACUCCCACUACCCACCGAAAAGGAUCGCGCAAAUGAGGAAGAAAAAGGGGCAGAGGCACCAUUUUAUCUGUUGUUGUCCCCAGAACGUUACAAUGCUGACCGGCAUAUAAGAAGAAUCGUAGUCCACUCUGAAGAGACACAUGGUUCUCUUCUGGAAUCUCCUCCACAUAAACUAGUCCCAAUUGGACCAGAUUAUCAAGUGGAUAUUCCAGAAUGGGGUGCACCAGCUGCGAAGAACGCUUCUGAGAGCUCAGACGGAUUUGAGCUGGUUACUCUAUUUCCUCUAGGUUUAGAAUCACAUCCGAGUGAGAACUGUGAUGUUCAAAAUAAGCUUGGCGGGAUUUGUGUCAUUGCAAUGCCUGAAUCCCGACUGUUUGCCAACAACGAUGAUGAGGCUGGGCAUGGUAGAACUGAUUGCAACUGUGAGGAUUCUGAUUCCAUCAGAUGUGUAAGAAAACACAUCAAAGAAGCAAGAGAAAAUCUUUGGACCGCCCUUGGGCAAGAGAGGUUUUCGGAGCUGGGGUUCUCUGACAUGGGAGAAGUUGUGGCUGAGAAAUGGAGUCAAGAGGAAGAACUACUAUUUCGAGAGGUUGUGUUUUCAAACCCGGUAUCAUCGGGUAACAACUUUUGGGACCAUCUCUCAACGGUUUUCCCUUCGCGGACCAAAAGGGACAUAGUAAGCUAUUACUUCAAUGUACUCGUGCUGCAAACAAGGUCGGUACAGAAUAGAUACGAUCCGAUGAACAUUGACAGCGACGAUGAGGAGUGGCGGGGGAUAGUGGACUCUGAAGAUGACGAAGGUGGAAGUGAUGAUGAGGAAGAAGGUGAUUCAGUGGUUGAGUCACCAGCAUGUUAUGGUGAUCCUUACGCUCGUAAUGAGAUUUUAGACAAUGAUUCAGGGGAAUACAAUGGGAGUGUACCGUUUGAGUGUUUUAGCGAUUGCGAACAUGUGAAACGCAGUUGUGACGAGGACCCCAUCGAUAGCAGUAGCAGAUGCCAUUUAGGUAGUUUUGUUGGUUGGAGUGGUGGGGACAGCCAUGAGUACGUUUUGGAGCAUUGCGAGACAAAACUAUGGGAUGUUGGGUGCUCAACAUGGCCAAAGACUGAAGUCGAGUUUUUGCCUACGUGCAGUAUGAUUGAAGAGGUGUUUGGGCUUGGAUCUAUGGAGUACAUGGCAGGUGAUGGCAAGGGUUUGAGUUAGGUGGUGAGGUAAAAAAAAAAAAGGGACGGUGAAUAUCCUUCGAAACUACCGAUAAAAGAGUUCGAAAACUCCUAUUUCCUUAUAUUUGCGAAUGGUGGAAGCAAAGGGCUUCGUUCUGUAAGAUACACGCUUUUUCAGGUGGUUGGAGUUGGAAGUUCAUCUUGUGGAUGAACUAUCCCCAGAUUGUGCAGAUGCUGCACUACGUUUCCCAUGUUGAAGGAUUCAAAAAUAUUGUUGUGGGGCCUUUUCCUGGAAGGGUACAAGAAUUGCAAAACCUGUGGAAACAUAGAGGUUGUUAGGUAUACUUCUUAUUGCAAAUGCAAUACUAAUUUUGCAUAAUUUUUUAUUUUAUUUUAUAUUAUGGUGUAAAUAUUCAGCUUGGAAAUUUUGCAAUUCUUCUGUAAAGAAAUUACCAAAACGUUUGCCUUUUUUGGUGGUUUAAUGUGAUAAUAAUUCUCGA